AUGACACUGCAGAGUGACUGUGUUCAUCGGUGCAUUCAUCAUACGCACAACAAUUAUCCUACAAUCUCUUCUUCUUUCUUCACUUCAUGGUUCAAUCCUCUUCGAAUUUCUCUUCUUCCAACAAGUUGGCAAAAACAUCUUUCAAACACCUCUUCCACUAAUUCUCCUCCUCCUUCAUCUCUUCUUCUUGUAUUAUUAUUAUUGAUACUAAUUCUAGUACUUGGUAGUUCGGUUCAAGGUGCCGAAUCAUCCAUUGUGUUCAUUUCUAGCAAAUCCUCUCAUCCAUUGAACCAUCAUGAUAAAAUCAAUUCACAUUCCCAGAAUCACCAAUCUGACGUUCAUCAUCUUCAUCAACCUUCUUCUUCCUCUUCUCAUGAAGUGACUCACUUCCGUAAAGAAAUUAUUUCACCACCACCACCUUCCUCAAAAAGCAGCAACUCCCUAUUAUCGAAUACAUUUUCGAAUGUUCGAACAACUUCUCAACAACAAGAAAUUCCCAUCUUUUCAAUUCCUUCUUCUCUCACACUCUACUCGAACACACCUUUGCAAAUUCCAAUUCUUCUGACAAGUCCAAUGACCACCAAAACAAAAUUUGAAUAUUCUUGGAAAAUUACAUGUUGUUAUUCGAGAGAACAACAACAACUUGUGUCUGAUCAAGUGAUUGUUUUAAAAAGUGGUACUUCUUCAUUAAUUUCAAUGGGAGAAUAUGAUCAAGAUGUGAUUGGAAAUUUCACACAAUUUUAUCGAAAUUUUGGUGUUUCUUCUUCUUAUUUGAAAAAUUCGAGUAUUGGAUGGCGAGUGGAUUUGGAUAUUACUGGAAGAGGAGAUUUUGAUGUCAUUACUUAUCAAACUUCGAAAACUAUUGAUGUGAAUUUUAAAUUAUUGGGAGCUCAUGCAAGUAUUAAAGGAGAGAAUCAGGAAUUUUCAAUACGAGAGGGAACUACAAAUGUCACCAUUACUCCAAUCAUACAGAACUAUGAUCGAUUAUUUAAGAAAAUUGAUAAGAGUUUGAUGGAAUGUAAAUGGAGUUGUCAAUAUAUGGACACGACCAAAACUGAUUUCAAGAAUUGCUCAAAUUUUGAAUCAUUCAACACAUUUUCCAAUUCUAAUUGUAGACCCAUCAAUUUGGCAGACAAGAUUGAAGGGAAUAUUAUCAAUGUUGAUCAUUUUCUCGUUGGAAUUACCUAUCGAUAUUUGAAUUUGUACUAUAUUGAGUCUGAAAAGUACACAAUUACUCUGAUUCCACUUGCAUUCAAUGACAGCAGUCCUGUAAUACUUAGUUUAGAAAGUAAUAUUGACAUGUUGCAAUAUCAUCCUCCCAACACGGCUGCCUUUCUGUAUCCAGUUUUCACACAAUUGGUUUACAAUACUUCACAAACCAAAACAUUAAUUUUCUAUUGGGAAAACGAACAAACUGGAGACUUUUUUCCGUAUCGAAAUUUAACACUUUCUUCAUUGGAACCCAACACUCUUUACUCGAUGAAAUGCACUGUUUACUAUGUGGGAAAACCUCAACAAAAAAGUUCAAUGAGAUUGACCUUUCGAACAGCAAAUAGUAUUUCAAAACCUACUUUUAAUCUUUUAACUUCUUCAAUCGAAGCUUUCACUACUCGAGUUCAGUGGAGUGGAAAUUUAGGAACCUCGAGUGCCAACGAAAGUCUCUGUUUCACACAAGUGUUUGCUGAGACUUCCACUUAUGGAAAUGUGAGCUUGACCAAUGGUGGAUUUUUGUGUUUGAAUAAUGAUUCAUCGACGACUAUUUUAACAUUGCGGCUCCCAUUAAGAAGAGUUGCAGAUUACGAUACGAUCAAAUUAUAUUUCAUGAUCACCGAUGGAAUUACUCAAGAAUUGUUCACUUUCACUUCAUCAUCAAAGUCUACAGUGAUUACCAAUGUUGUUACAAGUGAUAAGAUGUCUCAAACUUUGUUGAGUGUGUUUAAUAGCCAACAGUCAAGCACUUUUGAAAAUGAAAAACCAUUUCUUCCGUCACAAUUACUCGUUGCAACUUAUAUCAUGAAUGACUUUUACACCUAUUAUGGAAAAGCAAUACUAAUGUCAACGUCUGAUUAUGGAGUGAUGGCUUCCACUUAUUCCACACUUUUGAUGAACAUGAACUCUUAUUGUAACCAAGAUGAUUCUUUUUUUGAGAAUGUGAAAUGUUUAAGAUUUUUAGGAGCCAUGUUAGGAAGCUCUAAACUCACGACUACCUUCUCUACAUACUCUUCGACACAACAAUAUUCAUCAACAAGUAGUUUAAUUUUCAGAGAAAUUCAAAAAUUUCUUUAUAAUCUUUCGUUGCGUUCAGGAACGAUUCUCUCCGAUUAUAUGACAAGUUUAUACAUGAAUCAAGUGGGAGAGAAAUAUACAGGAGAUUUCUUUGAAUAUAUUCCACAAGCGUAUCAAGCAAUUUCUCCAGCUAGAGUAUAUGUCACCUUUUACAACAAUUUGAUUGUGGAAAUGAAUAGUAACACGAUUAGUGACAGCUCAUUCAAGUUAUCUCAGUACAUGAUCAAUAGUUCGGACAAGUUAUCCUCUUUUAGUACUUCCUUUUCAUUCAUGACAAAGGUCAAAUUGGACACAUUUUCGAUUCACACGACAUUUUCCUUGAAAGAUUCCAUUCAAGUUCAGCUUCCAGAAUUGAUGAAUAUUUUACGCGCCUAUUCCAACAGUGAUACUUUUAUUGUUUCUCUUCAAAUCACUCCACCAAACAACGUGACAGAUUCUCCCUGUGAAAAUGUGAAAGUAUCUUCCAAGAAGCUACAAUUUCAAAUCAUGGAUUCACAAACCAAUUCGAAAAUUCCACUCAGUAAUUUAACAAGCCCAAUUUUAUUGAAAUUACCAAUUCUUACAGGAUCUUCAAAUGCCUCCUUAGGAAAUUCAUCCUCCUCCAAAUGUGUCUAUUUCGAUGAAAGUCUUUCCACUUGGUCAACAAAUGGAUGUAAUUUAGUGAACACAACACUCACUGAUUUUUAUUGUGAAUGCAAUCACACCACAUUAUUUUCAACUCUCACAAACUUGUCAGGAAACUCAAAUAUCACAACACCUGAAGUCACAUUUACCUUAAUUCCCUUAAUUGUAAUUUCAUCUGUGACAGGUGGUGUUAUAUUAAUGACACUUGGUGUUGCAACGAUCAUUCAAUGUAUUCUCCAUCUCUAUAGAAACACCAAUUCUUUCGAUUCUGUUGAAUUUUUAUUACCAGGAGAAUUCAAACCACAUUCACAUCCGAGAAAAACAGCUUCUCCAAAACAAGAACAACCACCUGUCAAAACUCGAUAUCGAGAUUUAACAUUUGGAAAAAAGAUUUGGGAAUGUCUUAAAGAAUUUCAUCCCAUGAUUGGACUUGUCUUUCCAAAACGAUAUUUUAAAAGAAUUCACAUCAAAAAAGUGGAUCGUCUCGUCAUUCUCAUGGUUAUUUUCAUGACCAUUAGCACCACCAAUGUGUUGUUACUCUCAACGAAUUACACGACUUCCAAUUGGGCAAUUUCCAUUCCAGCAGCCGUUGCAUUAGGAGCUGCAGAAUUAUUUCAAAUUCCUGUGAUUUUGUGUGUUGCUGUGAAAUCUCUAUUUUGGAAAGUCACAGGAUAUGCCUAUAGUUCUUUAUUAGCAUUUGCAUGUUUAAUACUUUCAAUUUUAGGGAGUGCUGGAGUUUUCACACGUCAAAAAUUGAAUAUGGAUAUUCUAAAUUGGCUUUAUAAUACUUUAAUUGCUCUCGCUUGGGAUUUAAUUGUAUUGAAAUUAACAUUUGCAGCAUGUAUGGCUUUUCUAUUGGAAAUCAAAAUUACAAUUGAAGUGGAAAUUGAGGAAUAUCGAAAGAAAAAGAGGCAACAAACUAUGACAUUAGAUCAACAACCAUCCUCCUCUUCAAACCGUCGUGUCAUGAUCACUGUGGAAAAUAAUGUCAAAAUUCCAAAACUCGCCCUCCAUGUGGGUCAAUUUAAAAAGCCUCCAAUUCCAAAACUCAAUUUUCAUGGAAAAAUUGAAGGUUAUACUUCUCCUAAAGACAACAAUAUUAAUGAACUUUCUUCUCUACAUGCAUCUGAGAGUGAAAGAAGUGAUGAUGAUUUUACUGCUACGACAAACACGAGUGAAAUGCUUUCAGGUCAUUAUUUGAAACAAACUCCAAAAGAGAAUUCAAACAAUCAUGUCAAUAAUCAUGUCAACAAUACUGUCAAUCCAACAGCUACAACAACAACAUUGGUGACCACCAUUUCUGAAAUGGAUCCAUCGAAUAAGAAUGAAACAAAUUCAACACAUGUCUUUUCGAAUAAUUUAACAAACGAAGAGAAGGACAUUGAGAAAAUGAAUGAUUUCGACCAACAAUUAAUUGUUCAUUCUUCACAACAACAAGAAAGUGAUAAAUUGACGACAACAUCAAAAACUGAAGAUUGUAAUACUGAAGAUUUGUCACAACGGCAUUCAAAUGAUGAAAAUGACAACAUUCAAUCAUCCACUCCUCAACAACCUCAAGAAAUCAUUUCUAGCAAUUUUGAUCAAACUCUUGAUGAUGAACAUUCAAAAGACACAACGAAUUGUGACCUUUCCAUCACUAUGGAAAAGAAUGAAAAAGAUGUGAAAAAUCAUGACGAUUCAGAACUCGUGUUGAAUUCUGAUGUGAAAUUGGAUGAAAAGAAAUCUGAACAAUCUUGUCAAGAAGAUCUUUCAGAAAAAACAACAACUCGUUCACAACAUGUUGAUCAGGACACGAUAGUGGAUGCUCCACAUGUUGUGAAAGAAGAAUUGAAUUUAGAAUUGAAUCAUUCUAACACGUUCAUUUCUGAUAAUGAAAUUCAAAAAGUAUUGACAUCCAACACGUUCACUGAAAUUAUUGUCAUUGAUGACCAAGUAUUAACAACAGAAAAGAAAGAUGAUUCUCCACUACUCACCAAUGCAACACAAGAUGUUUCUUUGAUUAUUGAAAAAUUCAUCAAACAACAACAUGAAUUCAACACUCGAGAUUCACAACCUCACGAAUGUUUUAACAUGUCAUUCUUCAUGAAUCAUCUGUAUUCAGAUGUGAAGAUUCAAUUCACAGAAAUGAAACAAGAUUGCAAGUUGAAAUAUGAUUUGACAAAACCAAAUUUAAAUGAAGAAGAAAAGAAACACUUUCCAAAAGAAAAGUGUAAUAAGGACAUUUUGGAGUAUAUUUCUGAAAUAUUGAAUACUGAUGAGACAAAUGACAUGUCGAAUUGUGGUGAUGUUUCUUCGAAUCAAUAUGAUUUAAAUGACAUCUUUUCAGAAAUUCCAUUUGAAAAACUGCAAGGAAAAGCCAUUCAUGAAAUUUUGGUCUUAAUUUCAGAAUACGAAUCAGAAUUAUUGCUUCUCAUGAACAGUGGUGGUGGAAUUUUAUUACCUCCUUCACUUGUCAUUUCCUCUCUAGUCAAGAAUGCAACUAGUCUCAAAAAAGGAAUUACAAAUGUCAAUUCUCCCAUUUCACGUGGUGGUGGUGGUGGUGGCGGUGUGAAUUCUCCAACAUCACCCAUUCGAAGUAAUUCCAUUUCAAAGAAUAUAUUGGCAAGUGCUAGUAGUAGUAGUAGUAGUGGUAAUUUUGGUCUUUUUAGUGCCACUGCUAAAGUCAUUCGUGGAGGUGGAGUUAAUUUAGAUAUUUCCACUUCUUCAUUGGAUCAUCAUGCAAAUACUCCAAAGAAGAAAUUGAAUUUCCCAAAUAAUAACCAAGUGAACAAUAGUAGCAAUCUAAUUUCAACUCGUAGUUCAAAUUCUUUAAAUUCUUUAACUGGAGGUUAUUCGAGAAGUAGAACAUCGAGUUUUUACAAACCUUAUGAAAUUGAGGAUCACAUGAUUCGAGUUCACACUCAAUUUUUCAGUCGAUUCAGGAAAUUUAUUAUGAACCAUCCAUCUGCCAAAUCAUUGUUCUUGAAUCAGAGUACAAGCAACAGCAACAACAGCAGCAGUCAAUCUGAUAUUCUCGAGUCGAAACGAAAAAAGGCACUCAACGAACUGUUAUUGUUACAAACUGUUUAUUUACAUUUCAAAUUGUUGACAGUCACUACAGAAAGGAGAAAAUUAAUGGCCAAACAAAUUAUUGCCAAAUUCGUGAGCGAUGAACAGGGAGAAUAUUAUGUCAAUGUUGGAUUUUACAAACGUGUCUUGUCAUCACUCAUUGCAGAUGAAAAUUUGAAUGCAAAUUGUUUUGAAAGAGCUUGUGAAAUUGUGGAAAUUUCUUUAAAACCAAUCCUUGCUGCCUUCUUGAAUUAUCUGUGUGGUCAUAUGCAAGAAAAAACAAUGAAGGAUCACACACAGGCAACAAGUGAGAUACAAUCACAGAAUAAUACUCCUCAUUCCAAUUUCCAUGGUGAGGAGGACCAAACCAACAAGUUGAAACAAGAUCAACAUCAAGACAUGUGGACGGUGUAA